ACUUUUAUGAAAGGGAGAUAUAAAUACUCCCUCUCAUAUCUUUGUUGUUUUUUGACAGGUGCAUCCAUCCUGCUUAAGGUCGAAGCUAGCAGGUCCACCAUAAGGCCCCAAAUUCUUCUUCCCCUGUUUGUUUCCCCAUCAAGAUCAUCAAUGGCGGAUUCGGCUUCACAAAGCAGAUCAAGGGACCUCGAUAAGCUCCUUCUCCGCUCCGGUAAUCUCGUCGGCCCCACCUUCGAGCCCGGUACUGAGUUGAGAGAUGCUUUGAAUGAGUUUGUAAGAGUGUUGGUGAUAGGUGCUGGUGGAUUAGGUUGUGAAUUGCUUAAGGAUUUGGCGUUCUCUGGGUUUCGUAACCUUGAGGUUAUUGAUAUGGACCGAAUUGAGGUUACCAAUCUUAAUCGCCAAUUCCUCUUCAGACUUGGCGAUGUGGGGAAACCAAAAGCAGAAGUUGCUGCGAAAAGAGUGAUGGAGAGAGUCAGUGGUGUAGAUAUCAAGCCACAUUUCUGUCGGAUUGAGGACAAACCUAUAAGCUUCUACAAUGAUUUCCAUAUUAUUGUUCUUGGUCUUGAUUCUGUUGAGGCACGAAGCUAUAUAAAUUCUGUUGCUUGCAGCUUUCUAGAGUACGAUUCUGAUGACAACCCACGGGAAGAGUCAAUUAAGCCUAUGGUUGAUGGUGGGACUGAAGGAUUUAAGGGCCAUGCAAGGAUUAUAAUGCCUGGUGUCACUCCCUGCUUUGAGUGUACAAUAUGGCUCUUUCCCCCACAAGUGAAGUUUCCUUUGUGUACCCUUGCUGAAACUCCUAGAACUGCUGCUCACUGCAUUGAGUAUGCACAUUUAAUCAAAUGGGAUGAGGCUCAUAGUGGCAAAACAUUUGAUCCAGAUGAUCCUGAACACAUGCAGUGGGUGUAUUCUGAGGCUGUUAAAAGAGCAGAACUUUUUGGAAUUCCGGGAGUUACCUAUUCUUUGACCCAGGGUGUGGUUAAAAAUAUCAUACCUGCUAUAGCAUCCACCAAUGCUAUAAUUUCUGCUGCCUGUGCUUUGGAGACCUUGAAGGUUGUCUCUGGAUGCAGCAAAACAUUAACAAAUUACUUGACGUACAAUGGAGUUGAAGGUCUGCACACCAAAGUGACCGAAUUUGUGAGGGACAAAGAUUGUCUUGUUUGUGGUCCAGGUGUCCUUAUUGAGCUAGAAACUUCGGUUACUCUUAAAAAGACAUUCCACCACAACAAAAGGGUGAUAAACUGGUUGGUUGGUUGGUCAUACAACUAAUAAUGCGCAAGCUUUUGUCUCUUUCCGGUGUUGUGCAGUUCAUUGAUCUGCUAGAAGAUCACCCUAAGCUACUACUUACUAGAGUAAGUGUGACGUAUCGAGGGAAGAAUCUAUACAUGCAAGCACCUCCGGUACUGGAAGAGAUGACUCGAUCUAAUUUGGAUUUACCAUUAUUUGAACUUGUGUCUAAAACUCCAAGGGAUAUCGUUCAUGUUACUGGUGCAGCGGGAAAAGGAGAUACGAAGCAGUCUUGUUCAAGGAAGUUACGUGUUGUUUUCAAGGGAAUGGAUGUGGACAUGGCUGGUGGGGCUUAAUUUUCAGUCACCCAUUAGCGUUUUAUUUGUUCCUGAUAAGCCUACUUCUAGGAAGAUAGCUUCUUUUUCUCUAAUUUUUCUCUAGUGCAACACAUGAGUAAACUGCAGAAGCAGACGAGGUUGAUAGGGAAUCCCUCCAUUUUUGUAACUCUUCUUUACUUGUCAUGUGGACGUGAAAAUUGGUGAAUUUAUCUCCAACAUGUGAAAUGAAAUGAGAGAGUUCUAGACCUCGUAA